AUGUAUCAGCGAUCGCUACAAAAAGAAAGAAAAUGACUCACAAAGUACCACUACAAGUUCAGAUUCGAGAAGUCAGGAAGAUGAUUCUAUUCAAGACGGAAUGAACGAUGAGCCUAACGAAAUCUGCGCCGCCUCGUCCCGUCUUGUUCCGAGUGGUAAAAAUAAACAGUUGGUGAAGAUGAUGACACUCAUUCUGCUGCCAAUAUUUGUCUUAAUAGCGUUGGCAAUUUCAGAUCUUAUUACCACUGUGCGUCGCAGCAUUGACGCAACUGAAACGCGCAGGAAUGUUCGUUUAAGCCAACAGGUGGGAUCUAUUAUCCAUAGUUUGCAGCGAGAGCGUGAUAUGACAGCUCUCUACAUUAGCUCACUGCUAGAAGAAAACGGACCAGAACGCAAAACCUUUCUCAUCGAUACUUACCCAAUGACAGACGAGGUUCUGCAAACUAUUGAUGACUGGCCUGUAGAGGGAACCAGGGCAUACCAGAAGUUCAAAAACAAGCAAGAGAUGGUUAAUUUUCUUUUUAAAUAUCGAUUGACGCUGGACAACCGAAAUACAACUAUCUAUCAGGUGAUUCACUUCUACACAGAUGCAAUACAGAUCUUCAUCGACUGGUUCAACGAGAGUGUCGGUAAGUCUGGCGGGCAAGGUGUCUGGGAAACACUAGUUGCCUACCAGCUAUUGAUUGUUGGUAUGGAGCAAAUCGGUAUUGAGCGAACAUUGGGUGCAGUAUUCUUUACUCAAGGCGGAUUUCAGCAAACGGAUUACCUUUGGUAUAUGGAGAAACUGCAAGUCGGCGAGAGUAACAUAAAGGCGUCUCAAAAAUAUUCAUCUUUAGUCAGCUCCAUCUUAGAUGAAAGAGUUUCUCAGGUCAAGUAUGAUUUUCAGACCACAAUCUCGAAAAUGAGAAGAGAAAUAUCACAGAAUGAUAUGAACAGACUGCCAUCCUGGCAGGAUGGAAACUGGUGGUUUGACAAUAUGACCAUCUAUAUCGAUACCUUACAUGAGAUUCAGAGCCAGAUGGCAGUGAUCAUUCUCUCUAGACUUGACGAGGCAAUGAAGGCUGAUACAGCUAGUUUAUCGACUGGUAUCUGUAUUAUGGUAGUUGUAAUUAUCAUAGGAAUUGUGAUAUUUAAAGCAGUGGAAUCUCUGACAUCUUCGAUACAAGAUUACACAUUUAUACUUGCUGACCAAACAAAAGGGCUCAAAACAGAAAAAAGGCGCACAGAUACGCUGUUGUAUCAAAUGCUUCCAAAAUCCGUGGCGGAAAGUUUAAAACGCCAUCAAAACGUAAAGGCUGAGUCAUAUAAUUCAGCGACGAUAAUGUUCUCGGAUAUUGUCGAAUUCACUAGAAUAUGCUCAGAAAGCACUCCUUUCCAAGUUGUGGACAUGUUGAAUAAUGUUUAUACUGUCUUUGACAAAUAUAUCGACAAAUAUGAUGUUUACAAAGUUGAAACCAUUGGUGAUGCCUACAUGGUUGCAUCUGGUAUACCGAAGCGGAAUGGAAAUAACCAUGGCAGCGAAAUUGCUCUACUGGCAUUAGACCUCCUCCGCUGUAUUAAGAGUGUGGGAAUUCCACACAAGCCGGGUUAUUCGAUGACGAUACGUAUUGGCAUACACACAGGUGCAGUUGUUGCUGGAAUCGUCGGCUCCAAGAUGCCGCGCUAUUGUUUGUUCGGCGAAACUGUCAACUUGGCGUCCCGAAUGGAAUCCAGUGGUCUCCCGAAUCGUAUUCAGAUAAGUGAGACGACUCACAAAAUACUUUCGGACAUCGGUGGCUUUCUGAUGAAUAAGAGAGGAGAGGUUUUGAUCAAGGGACGUGGAAUUGUUUUGACCUACUGGCUCCUUGAAGACAUAAGUGCAGUCAUUCCUAGUCAAUCGAUGCCUGCUCCAUCACAGGUGUUUAACUUCAAGCUGCCUGGACAGUGCAAUAUAUAGUUCAUUAUACACCUCCACAAGUACAACCGUACAAAAAAAAAAAACAAAAACAAAAACAAAAACAAAAACAAAACAAUCUCUUCAACCUUUCGAAGACAGAAUAUGAGAAUAUAGAUAGAUAUAACGUCAUUAUUUUGUGCUUAUCAUCCACGCCAAAGCUUGGUUUUCGUAAUUCGUUAUACACUAUCACCGACAAAUUGGUCUGUCGAAUCGAGGAGUCAUAAUGGUAAGAAUGCUGUAAAAACACUGUAGCGACAGCAUAGUAGUUUUACGGAAACCAUGCUUAAAUAUAUGUUCGAUUUAUCGCUAUUUAAAUCUAUAAAAUGUGUAUACUAGUAAAGAAUACUUCUAUUGUAUUUCGAUGUGAUUGAAGUGAUAUUAUUUCAUACCUGUCGUGUUAUCGUAUACCACUAUACCUUAUCACUUACUGUGGAUACAUCUCAUGUAUGUCAUACUGCAACAUUCAGUAACUUGUGGGAUGCUACUGUA